CACCAUAUCAAUUCAAUAAUAUAUAUAAUAUUUUAUGUUACGACUCAGAGAGAAAUAAAGCACUGCUAUUUACUAAUAAUACUUUAAAGUCGUUUUGUAUAAUUAAUACAUACUCAUAGUUCGUCGUAAAAAGAAAUGAUGCCAGAUGACAAUCCUGCAAACGACCAAAGGAUUUCUUUAUUUUUAAGGAAACUUUGGACAUUGGUCUGCAGUAAAGAAACCGAUAAUGUGAUUACAUGGAGUGAGGAAGGUGACAGUUUUAUUAUACAUAAUCCUGUAGAAUUCUGUAAGGUCCUACCAAGAUAUUUCAAACAUAAUAACUUUAUGAGUUUCGUACGGCAGUUACAUAUAUAUGGUUUUAGUAAAAGAAUAUCUGAUGUUGAUCACACAUCUAAUCAUGGAACAUCUUGUGAAUAUGCUCAUCCAUAUUUUAUGAAAGAACAUCCUUGUUUAUUGUUAUCAAUUAAGCAAAAGAGAGGGGAAAAAUUGCAUCAAGGCAUAAAAACCGAUAUUGAUUCAAUUGAAACAAUAAGUACACUGUUAAAAGAAGUAAACUCAGUUAAAGAUAAAAAUAAGAUGCUUGAUUCCAAAUUCACAGCUAUGAAACAUGAAAAUGAAUGUUUGUGGCGUGAAUUAGCAGUUAUUCGACAAAAGCAUAUGAAACAACAAAGAAUUCUCAAUCAGUUAAUCCAAUUUUUAGUUACCUUAAGACAACCUAGUACUAAUAAUACACUGUGCCGAGAAGUAAAAAAUAAUGUCAGAUAUGUUCUCCCUAUUAUGCAUCAUAAGGCAUCAGAAAAAGCAAAUUCUGGAGAAACAUUUACUAAUCCAAAGUAUAAACCAUCUACAUCAUCAGGACCUGUUAUUCAUGAAUUAGAUGCUGCUGAUAUUCUUAACUCUAACGAAAAUGUUAGAACUCAAAGAGAAAUUUUUAAUGAAGCAGUAGAGCCAGAAGGUGUAGUACUUAGUCCUAGUAGUGUCUCGCAAAUGUUAAGUAGUCCUGGUGGUUCAACAAUUGAAGAAAUAUUUGCACCAAAUGAUAUUAUAAUGAACUCACCUUUAGACGACUUGAUCAGAGAAGUGUCAGUAUCCCCUACUGAAGAAUUAUUAGAACCAAAAACAACUAUUGUAACUGUUCCUUCAUCUAACCCAGUUACAAAAACAACUAAAACCAGUAAUAAAACAUCUUUAAAAAGGACAAAAAAAGAUAUUAAUCCUUCAAAGAAAAAAAAGACAACUAUUGCUGAUAAUGUUCAAAACCAAAAUCCUACACCUUCAGCAGUACCAUAUGUUAUUAAAGUAGAACCAAUGGGAGAUGAUCCACCAGUAAUUUCUAUUCCUGACACAGAUUUCAUUGAACCUGAAGUAACUAUUUCUAAUAAUGAUGAUGAUCUAUGGAAAAAUGAAAUAACUUCAAAUUCUGAUAAUAUGCAGCUUGCUAAUCCAGAACCUAGGCAAGUUAAUGAGUGUGACGGGAGCAGUUCUGUAUCACCAAAUUUUCUUAACAAUGUUAUACAAAAAGAGGCUGUUUCUAAACAAAUUGAUUUGGUUCAAGCUGACUUGGAAAAUUUAUUAAAAGGAUUAAAUGAUAAGUACACAUUUGACGCAAAUAUGUUUCUUAAUUUUAUUAAUGAUGAUCCUACAAAUUUAAAUUUGCCUAUAACAUCAGAAGAACAAACAGUUAAUGAUGCCAAAAAUGGGUUGAAUGUUACUCCAGAUAAUCAAAUUGUGUCAUGUCUAUCACCAAAUACAUAUGAUCUAAACGAUUUAAUGACAGCUUCAGCAGAUUGGACAAUACCAAACACUCCCAUGUCAUUUGAUUCAGCAUAUGAAAAUGAUAUAUUAAAUACUCCAGUUAUAACUGAUUCUUUAUUAAAUACUGAUCCUCUUUGUCCAAGUAUAUCCUCACCAGAAAAAUAAUUUAGACAUAGCUAAGUAUAGAUAAAAUUUAUAAUAUGUA